UCAGACAGCUAAUAUUUGGAGUUCAUGAAAAUUCGGUGGUAUUAUAUUUAUUUCCCACACGAAACCGUGGGCUUGCCUUGGAAACAAACAUAAAAACAGGAGAAGAGUAUGUACUUUCCUUUCUAAUGUUAAUAAUCGCGUCAAAUUUCUGGGUUUUUCUUCCCUCGACUUCAUCAAAAUCUCAGCUCUGUCCUUCACCGCCUUCCUCCCCUCCCCCCACUAUUUCUACCCUUACAAUCUUUUCCUCCUCGUCGUGAAUCGCGAUUUGUAAUUACGGAUUUAGCAAUCGAACGAAGAGAGAGAAUAGGCUUGAAGUUUCGAGUAUUAUCAGACCGUUUGAUCUUUAAUCGAGCGACUUGGACGGUUCGACUCGGUUAGUCAUAUCGAAGCAGUUGCCGAAAUCGAUAAUUAUUUAGACAAAUCAAUGAUAAAUUCAAUGAGCUGGAACCAACCGUAUGUUUUGGAUUCUUCAAGGAGGUCCUGGAAUUUGCUUACCUGGAGUUAUUAUGUUUUGUAGUGUCAAUAUUGCCCUUAUAUAGUGCGUGCUGAUAGGCGAGUGUGCGGGGAUUUUUUAGUAAUUUCUGGUUAAGGAUACACGUGGACUUGUUGUCGUAUUCCAAAAUUUCCAAGAUUUACAACUCAUUAAAGGUUACGGAGUAUGGUUUUUAUUGACAAUAAUACCCUAGGAAAAAGUAUAAAUUUCCAUUGGUGGACCGCAUACUUCCUGGAGUCUUUAUGUUUCUUGAGCAAGCAGUCAGAGGGUAAAUUGGACAGUUCAUAAAACUGUUAAUGUGAAUAUCUUAGCAACCGACUAAUGCUAAAUAUUUAAUGAUGUAUUAUUUGUCGAAUAAAUUACGUCGAGUUUUAGGAUCUGUGCUGAGUGCCUCAUCGAUUUGUUUCAACGAAAACUAGAAAAUUUCAAAACCCUAACCCCCGUUUUCGUGUGUAGAAACAAGAGAUUGAAGAUGGGUUCUGAACAGAACGAGGGUACAAGCUUUCCUCCCUCUGAGCCAAUUCUCUGCGCUAAUGGGUGUGGCUUUUUUGGGACGGCGGCCAACAUGAAUCUUUGCUCCAAGUGCUACCGCGACGUUCGCGUCAAGGAAGAUCAAGCUGCCUCAGCCAAGGCGGCGAUGGAGAAGACUCUCAGUAUGAAAUCCAAGAAAGUGGAUCUUAUUGCUGAUACCCGUGAUGUGGCGGCGGCUCCUAAUCUUUCUGAUCAUGUGGCGGUCAAUGUGUCAUCAUCUUCGUUAUCUGAGCCUCCGGUGGCUGGAGGUGAUCAGGCUCAUCCCAAAGCGGCAAACAGGUGCUUUAGCUGCAAUAAAAAGGUUGGCUUGACUGCAUUUAAGUGCAAGUGCGGGAGCACGUUCUGUGGGUCUCAUCGGUACCCAGAGAAUCAUGACUGCUCGUUCGAUUUCAAGGGCGCUGGCCGGAAUGCGAUCGCAAAGGCGAAUCCUGUUGUUAAAGCUGACAAGGUGGAGAGGAUCUGAUAUUCUCUUGAUUGGCAAUUUGGAAUUCUUAAUGGGAUCUUGAUUUUCUUUUUUAGAUUAAUUAUAGAUUAUUAGUGUUAGUGGGUCAAAGGGUUGUGUUUAAUGUUGGUUUGGUUAGCCUUUUUGGAUGUUGGGAUUGGGGAGCACUGGCUGGAUUGGAUGAUUGCAUUGAGAGUUGGGAAGGUUGAUUCCAUAAUAAAAUGGAUCACUUGGAUUGUUUGCUUUCGAAUUGCAUUUAAGCUUUCCUUUUUCAGUGCUGAUAAGAAUCUUUACCA